UCCAAAUCGCGAUUUUUAUAGUCAAAAUGUUGAACCGUAGAAACUUAAGCUUGGUAUUUUGAGCGCCAGUGAUGACGCAAGACGACAACGAGCCUCCUAGGGUGCGAGGCCCUCCUCCUGGGGUAUCAGGUCCUCCUGAUCAUGUCAAGAAACCGCAGAUCUACGAAAUAUUCCCCAGUUCAAACCCCGAAAGCCCUGCGAGCAAAUCCACGGAGGGACAAAAGCGCACUCCUGAACCCAAUAUCAAGGAUGGGAUCCAGUCUAUAAAAUCCGACGACUUCCUCAAUGUACACAAAAUCCCGUGUGCCCGCCAGGGCCUUAUGACGGGUAUCGCAUCGGGUGCGGCGGUGGGAAUGGGUCGAUAUUUUGUAGGAGGGACGGUACCAAAAGCAACAAACUGGGCUUUUGGUGUAUUUUUCUUGGGCUCCAUAAUUCAAUGGGAAUACUGUCGUGCGCAACGAGCGAACGAGCGCAUGGCCAUGGCGCGCAUAGUUGAAGUAAUGGACAAGAAGCAAGCCGAGAAAAAGGCACAAGCUGAAGAAGUUGCAAGGUUAAGAUUGGAAGCAGAAAAAGCAAGGCAAGAUGCUGCUACAAAGAAAAGCUGGUGUAAAUUUUGGUGAUCUCAGUCGACCUGCAGAUAUUACAGCGAAAGUAAGGAAUAGUUACUAUACUAUGGAAAUUCGGGGUAUGUCGCUGAGUCUUCCAUGGCUCUGUUGGUGUGACUUAUAGCGAUACCGAAUUCGAAGCCAUGUAGUUUUAGGUUAUUUUGCAAAAGGAUAAAGAAAGUCGAAUAGG